AUGUCUCAGACGCGAAAAGCCGAGUCCAAACGAUUUCAAUUGAACAUGGUUGGAAUUCAGGAGGGGGAGCCGCGAGGGGAAGGAAACACCGGAGAUCCCUUGCAAAAGGGGGGCACCCUCAAAGAACGAAAACUGAAAGGACGAAAAAGAGAAGAAGAAGAGAAAAAAGGAAGGGAGAAGGGGAAGCCCAGAGAGUUGUGA